AUGGCACCCUCGGACACCCCCGCAUCAGGCGGGACAGCCCCAGGCACAGUCAACAUUGCCUCUCUCUCCGUCCCGCAACUCCGCGCCCUCCAAACCCGCCUCACCACCGAGCUCGAGCAUUUGACAUCCUCGCAUGCGAAGCUGCGCGCCGCGCAGUCGAGGUUCCGCGACUGUGUGCGAUCAAUCAAUGAAGGUGUUGUUGGGUCGGAAAAGAAGGGCACGGACGGGAAGGAUGAUAUCUUGGUGCCCCUGACCAGCUCCUUGUACGUUAAGGGCAAGCUUGCGGACCGGGAGAAGGUUCUUGUGGAUGUAGGAACGGGAUUCUAUGUUGAAAAGACGACAGCAAAGGCAACGGAAUUCUACGAUAACAAAGUGAAGGAUCUGGACGCUAAUCUUGCGGAGUUGGAGAAGAUUGUGUCGACCAAGAGCACACAAUUGAGAGUCGUUGAGGAUGCCCUGAGACAAAAGGUCCUUAGCGGAGAAGCUACCCCAUCAGGUGCUGGAUAA